GACUGUAUCUCCACUUAGUCGAUAAUUUAUCCUAGUUUAAUAGGUAUCCAUGGGGAGAAGAUGUGUGGAAAGAUCUGGUAGAGAAUGUUCGGAAAUGUUGUUGUAUUAUGAAUACAAGUAAGAAACCAAGGUUCAAUUUCCUUGGAUUCCAUUUCGCUUUACAUAAAUGGGCGUAUGAAACAUUUCAGCACUGAUGCAAGAGAAGGAAUGUGUAUUGGAUGAAGGAAGGAAGACAUUAUGGCCAAGGGCACUGAGAUGGUCAGCGGACAGGAGGACCACCAAAGAGUUGUUGGAGAAGAAAAUAUUCAAAAAUGAAAAGGUAACUAUUGCCUUCAAAUACCUGGUCAUGAAAGCACAAGAAUAUGGCUUGACUCAGCCAUUUGCAGAAACAGACAGCCUAUUUGUCAGUCUAUUGAAUAAAGAAUAUGACAACUACUUGGGAAAAAGGAAAACCAUUGCUGAAGCAGCAUUGAACACUUCAAUACUGAAACCAAUCCUAGGGGCUGUGCUAGUAUUGGGAGGACACUGGGCACAAUGUGAUUACGUUUACAUGCCAAUAAACAUUGGAAACCAUUGGAUACUGGCUGUGCUUGACAUAUCAAAGAAAUGGAUCAAGAUGUAUGACUCUAACCACAAGGGGAAGACCUGUCACCACACAAAACCAUACCUUCCAUGUCUACAGAUCUUACUGCCAAAGGUGAUGGACAAACUGGAAGUGUACAAGGAGCGAAAAAUGCCUGAGAUGGGAGAUGAUGUGCUAGGCAUUGUGAACGUAAAUGAUUGCCCACAACAACAAGACACGGUGAGCUGUGGCGUAUUUGUUGUAAAGGUGGAUGAGCAUCUCAUCAUGGGGAUGGGAGUGGAUGAAGUGCAUGUUGCAGGCAUUGAGAGUUUCAGGGAAAAAAAUGCAACAGAGGUGCUGUUAUAUGCAAACAUGAGGGCUGAACAGGAGGGUUGAGCAUUAGCAUGGAAAAUGUGAGCAAGUUUAAAAACUUUUAUAUUUACUUUUAGUAUGUUGUUAUAGUAAUUGCACUAUGGGUUGUAAGUGCACUAUCAGUACUUUUCCUAUUAUUAGUACUUUUUAGAUAGAAGCUUGUAAUCGGAAUAUGGUUUGUGAUUGCAGUAAUGACAUUACUUUUUUUGGAUAAAAUUGGGGGACAUUA